CUGUAGUUGAUAAACCAACGUUUCUCCAAAUCCAGCUCAGCUCAGUAUAAAUCUCUUCCUCUCUCUCUCACUCAAGAGUAUUCCCCGGAGACAUCACCAGUUUUGUCUGAUUAGCAUGGAUCCCUACACAGAAACUGGAUCAGUGAAUCUUGAUUCAUCCUCGUGGCCACAUUCUUCUAAGUCACUACCAGAAGUAUUAACAGAGGUAUGUCAGAUAGCCCAAAGAAUGGUAAGACUGAUCAAAGAUGGUCAACCUGAGUCAACAGAGAUUUUUCUUAGCUUAUACCAGUCUCUUGGUGAGACUUACAACCAUUUGAACCAAGAGCUCCUUAACUCCCUCCUCAAAAACAGUGUCUCAAUGGCGGAUUUGAGCUCUUUUAGAUCUGAUAGCUCUCCUUCUCUGGAGUUUGAUUUAGAGUCAGGAGUCUCUUACUCAUCUCUCAAGCACCAGGAGCCGAGUUUGAAACAGAAUGAUGAGGAUGAGAAGAAGAAGAAGAAGAACCAGUCUGCGUAUUUGCUCGCUGAUAUCUUUAGCGCCGAGCUUGGAACCGCACUGAAAGAUCUAGAAGAGAGAAACAGAGUGGUGGGUGAGCUAGAGAGCAAGCUAUAUGAUUCAAGCGACAAAAUCAAGACUCUAGAACGCGAGCUCGAGGAGUGUCAUGAGCUUCUAGAGGUAUCAGAAGUAGAGGUUUCGAAGCUGAAUGAAAUGCUGAGUGAACGCAAGACCACCGAGGAAGCCUCCGACAAUGGUGGUUGUGACUCGCUGUUAGAUACCCUUAGAGCAGAGCUGAGGUCGAGAGAUGUUCAGAUCGAGCAAAUGGAGGAGUAUCUGAACCAGGUGUGUGUCGAUGACUCUGAGCUUGUGCCUGAUGAGUCGGGAACAGACGAGAAUGCCGUGGAAGAACUGAAACCUAGAGUUGAAGAGCUAGAGAAUCAAGUGGAGAAGCAGAGAGAUGUGAUAUAUGAAAGAGAGGAAGAGAAAAGGGAAGCUACCAUCGGAGGCAGUAGGCUAGGUGUAGGUGGUGCUGCAGCACUCCUGGUUCGAAACCCGGUGGGAGGAGGGGUUAUAAUACCUUAUCUCGGUAUAACAAAGCGCCAUCUACCCGGCCUGGGGGGAUUAUUUGAGCCAAAAGGUAUAUACUUCACAUCUUAAUUAACAAAAAAAAAAAGAAGCUCUGUUUCUCUCUUUGAUCAUUACAAAGAGCAGAUACAUUGGAACUUGUCAGAAGGCUUUCAGGCAAUAACUAACUAUGUUUAUAUUAAGCAUGUGCUUAAAUGAUGUAAUUUAAGACCUACUUUCCUAAUAUGAAAGAGCCGCAUAUGGCUUUUUUGAUUAGUCCAAGUUAAGGAAAUCAAUAUAUUUUUUGAUGUAAUGUAAAGAAGCAAGAUAGAGCUGUCUCCUUCUU